CCCCUUAGCAACUCUCAGCCGUUACCGAUGUCUACCUUCCCGCCCUGCGUUUGCUAUUGGCGACUCUCGACUCCCAUUGGUGGUUGCCUUUGUCAAUCAUCUUCAGCAUUGGGCGCGGCUCUGGUCUGGUUUGCUGGCUGCCGCGUGAGCGGAGGACGGCGGUGCUGGCGGCACUGGACGCUGCUGGUAAAUAACAAGUAAAAGGAGUUUAAAUGACAGCAAAAGAAACCACUCCUGUCAAAGCAGGAGCUGUCAGUGUCCCUUACGGACAUGUGAUUGGAAAUGAGAAAUGGAGAGGGUCACAGAUAGCUCAAGGAUUACAAGGGAAAAUUAAGCUAAUUCUUGAAGAUGGCUUAGGACUUGUGGAUUUUCAUCUUUCAAACAGAUCUUGCAUUUUGUAUAUUUCUGAAGCAGAUUUGGUGGCAGGAAAUGGCUUCAAAAGACGUCUUGUUCGGUUUAGAAAUGCCAGCAGUCUUCAUGGGAUUGUGAUAGUUGAAAAAACCCAGAUAAGUGAUCAAUACUUUCCGGCAGCGCAGAAGUUUAUUGUGCUAGAACUUGGAAUGACAUUGCUUCCAGUGGCCAAUCAGGGAGAAGCAUCUCAACUUAUUAUCCAGCUAGUCCAUGAGCAAAGUAAGGAUCACACUAGUAACCCCUUUCUUCAUAAAAAAUGUCCCCAGCUAGUGGAGGCAUCAAUACUUCGGACAGUCCAGCAGAUUCCAGGAGUUGGGAAAACAAAAGCUCUGCUUCUCCUACAGCAAUUUGGUUGGUGUGUUCCUGUACCAUCUCCUAUGAUUGUGUUUAUAUUACACCUCUACAUUGGGGUGUACCUGUACUAGCCUUCUGGAAUGUGUUUACAUGAGUACCUAGUACUUCUUAGAAGUGCCUAUGUUUUAGCAAUGCUUGCCAAGCCAUGCCUUUGCUAAGUUCAUGUACCAGACAGUGAACCUGUAAGCAAGCGUCUGCUUUAUGACAGGACCUGACAUUUGGUCAUAGCAUGGCUUUUGCAUCUUGCACCAGGCCCCAGGCUCUCUCUCUAGCACAGCAGGCACUUCAUGGGAGUAGGGCUCUUGAGGAAGGCAUGAUGCCAUGGAGUGGGAAGCAGGGAGGGGGUAGAGCACCAUACCAAUUUUGGGUCACCCUCGUGGUCAAUUUGGAAAGAAAACUGAUGUAACUCUUGGAAUUACCAGUAGAAUUAAUCUUUGUGGAGUUUCACGGCUAAAGCUGGCACAAUGGCCCUACAUCUAUAGGAAUCACCUAGGGCCUUCAUUAAGCAAAGCAUUUACACAUAGGCUUAACUGUAAGCACGUGAGUAGACCCAUCCUUUAAACACAUGCUUAAGUGCUUUGCUGGAUUGAGGCCUAGAUUCACCAGCAAUCCACGACAUCUGGCUUUGUCAAAUUAGAUAGCAUUCACUUCCCAAAGUGAGGCAGUUUUUUCAAUUUACUGAAUGUUCUUCAGGUUUAGAAAAGUAGCUGUCCCAUUACUUACCAGAGAAGUCAUCGAAUCCUGACAGCUAAUAACCUUAAUCUCAAUGUUGUGCUCUCCCAUGCUUUUGAACUUUUCCAAGACAUCAUUCACUUCCAGCCAUUUGGAAUCCAGGCCAUCAAUUGAAACAAUAUAGUCUCCUUCUUUCAGACCCUUUAACUGUAAAAUAAUUUUGUGCAAAUUAUUAGCAUCAGCUGAAGUUAUGCAAAGUUUCUUUCUCCAAAGGUAUUUUUCUCCCUUUCCAGGCUUCAUACAAAACUCAGACAUCACAGAACAAAACACCAAGCACCAUUUUAAUGCACAUAAAAUUACCCUUUUUACCCUUUUUUGCAAUACAUUAAUUUGAUUAGAGUAUAAUUAUUAUAUUUUCCUGUCUCCUGUUUGUGUUCUUUGCGUUUCUAUUUUUCUUUCAUAAAAAUCUUUAAUUUUUAAACUGUUUAGUUUGGCAUUCCCAUCAUUUUAUUAUUAGAUAUUUUAUCCUUUUCCUUUCUCACUCUUCCACUUUUUUUAAUUUGUACUUUAAUAUAAACUUAUUUAGUCUUUGCUGCAUCAUAGAAUAUCAGAAUUGGAAGGGACCUCAGGAGAUCAUCUAGUCCAACCCCCUGCUCAAAGCAGGGCCAAUCCCCAAUUUUUUUUGCCCCAGAUCCCAAAAUGGCCCCCUCAAGGAUUGAACUCACAACCCUGGGGUUAGCAGGUCAAUGCUUGCUUCUGCCUUUCACUGUGCUUUAGUUAUGCCUCUUCUUUUCUCUUGUGCAUGUUCUCUCUUCUCUGUAUCCCUCCUUUUCCCUUUCCUCCCAUUCACAAAAGAGGAUUACAUAUUAGGAAGCACCGGCACAUUCUAUUCCCUCCCAUACGCUUUCUCCUUCGUUUCCUGAUAUUUGCCUCUACGCACUGCCCUUUUUCUCCCCCUUCUCUCUCAUGGCUUUUCUUCUUCCAGCCUUCUGAAAUAGAUGGUGAAUAAUGUAUUUGAUUAUGGUACUUGUGGGUCAUCUUUAUUUAUUAAAUGUACACAAAAGAAGGAAUCAGUCCUAUUUUAAAUUCGUAAUCUUCACAUUAGAGUUAGAUAAUGUUAAAGUUAACACUGCACUGUUAACCUGCUCAAAUUGCAGGUGCUGUAUGUAGUAUGGCAUUGCAUUUAACAGCUUAAUUAAAAUUCAGAAAUACUCCACAUGCCAAUGCAAGUGAGCUGCAUUUCCUGAAUUCAGGUGUUCAAAUUAUUACUUUAUCACUGCAUUUACCUUGUCUUUUUUGCAUUUAAAACAGAUAAUUUCUAAUGUUGGUGUGUUAGUGUAUUACAUUUAGUUCUUUAAAAAACACACUGAUGUGAUUGGUACAGAGAAUAUUUUAUUUGCACAAAUCUGGGUGCCUUACUGUUGCAUAUGACUUGGCUAGAUUGAGAAAUCACAGCAGACUUAGAAGAACCUAGAGAGAAAAUUAUUAAAACUCCACUCUCUACUUACUGCAGCAGAACAGCAGGGAUCGAGACAGUGAACUUGCACGGGUGGGCCCCUUUUAAGAGUGAAUCCCAGUUCCCCUUCUUGACAAUGGAAAUGAAUAGUGCGUGGCACUGUCCAUCUCUGCUUGGCAGAAAACACAGGCAAUGGGCCCUGUAGGAUGCAGAGUGGCAGAACAUAGUCAUUAACAGCAAAAUGGCUCACAAGCAAGUAUUAGGCAUUAUAGUGUGCUACCUACCAGCCUCUCAAAGAAGUCUUUCACUUUCACCUUGGAGAACUGAGGAACAACCAUUUCUACUUUAUGCUCUGUUUUCGCUAAAACAAAAGUGAAAAAACAAACUAGUUUUCAAGUUCCAGAUUGACGACCAAACACUGAAAAAGCUUCUAUUGGCAGGAUGGGCAGAGGAAGCUUCACAUGCUACCCUUUUUACACUCAAGCUAUUAGUUUCUCUUACACCGCUAGUAGACUGUAGGACAAGUAAGCUUGUCAGAACUCAACUUUUUAUUUUUUUUUAUAAUUUUAACAAAUAUCAAUGUUUUUAUUUUUAAGAGCUUUUUUUUUUUAAAUCAAUUUAAAUGUUCACAGAGGGCCAGACAAUUAUUUAAUGACAGACACAGAUUCAAAACAGUAAAACUAUUAAAACCCAAAUUGUAUAUUUUGAUAUAUGAUGUUGACAAAGUAAAUAUCUUUCAACUCCAAUAAGUUCUAAAGCAGUAUUUUUCUUUCUUUGCCAAUUUGUAAAUUUUGUUGGAAAUAUUUGUGUGCACGUGUACAGCAAAACUGACAUUUAUCAACAUUUGCCAAUUAAAAAUCUAAUCUUUCCAAGCCUCAGGAUAAAUCAACAUAUGGACACAGACAUCAUUAUGUUAGCAAAAUGAAAUGUCAGGUUCCACAAGGCUUCUUCAGAAUAUAUACUAAAAAUCCAAGUAGAGCUCAACAAACAAAAGAAAGAACCCAGUCUGUUUAUGCUUUUUAAAGGGUAGAUGGUCUGGAUUGAUGCAGGAGGAAGCAGUAGCAUUCAAGUUCACAGUCAACUAACUUCUCUUUCCUCUAUGCUCUCCUAUAGUAUAGAUCUUAUGCCAAUAACUGUGGGAAGAGAUUAAAAAUGUAAAGCAAAGUAAACCACAUUUUAUAGCCAGAGAGAGAUUUUAACAAAGAGAAGGUGCUUUCUUCACCCACCAUAGCCCACUAUAUCUGAAAGAUGCAUUCACCAAAGACUGACAUACUUCCAGGAGGCCUUCUUACAAUCAUCCCCUAAAUAUGAAGGUGCAGAGGAGGCUUCCUGAAAUCUCAUCUCAGGCAACCAGCCUAUAUGGUAUGAAUGUGCUUAGAAGCACCAAAGUAGCAAAACUACACAAUUCUUUCACUGUUACUUAGGGACUAAUCAACAGACUAAGUUCACUGCACAAAACGUGCUUCUCCAUGCUCUUUGGCCACAAUUUUUUUGGUUUGUUACUUGAGACACCUUUAAAGGGAGCUGGUUUUUCAGAAGUGGGUGCUCACCACUUUCUGAAAACUAGGCUCCUUUUAACAUGCCUUAACUUGGACACCCAAAAUCGCUAGUCCCUUUGGAAAAUCUUGAUUUUCAGUUGGGGAUACUUACGAAGGACAGAGGAUGCUUCCAUUAAACUCAGGAAGUCAUCUUCCUGCUCAUGCUGAGCAUACUUGGUAAGUGAACGCUUGUGAGCAACUGACAGGAUCUCCUGAAGAAUGUCAAUAUUCCGAAG